GUUUGCUCAGUCAGCAUAGAAAUCCCCGCAAAAUCUCUCAGGCCUUUGCCCCGGGUAUCAAACAUGAUAGCUUUCUUGCACCGUGUUCGUGCGCCCGGGGGUGAUGAGUGCGCUGUAAGCAAUAGAGAGCUAAUCUUGGUUUCAUUACAAAUUAGAAGAAAUCGGGGAAAAAAUCUGAUUUCGGGCAAUCUAAGUUGCGCGUGGUGCAAAAUCUGCUCUGGCGGGCCUACUUCGUCGUGAAUAUAGCCGCUCGAGACGGAAACCAGUCGACAGUGACUGGGGGCCACUCUCAGCAAGUAUCAAAGUCGCAGGGGCCAGACAUCAGACAGACCUUCGAAGAAGACGAAAGCUAAAGCUUGACAGGACGCAUUUUAGC